AUGAAGUCUUUCGCGGCAAAGGUGGAAGAAGGUGUUAAGGGGGAAAAUGGGAAGCCAUCGGUAGGUCCGGUGUACCGAAAUGUUUUGUCGGAGAAAGGUUUUCCUCUUAUUGAUUCUGAUAUCACCACUACUUGGGACAUUUUCAGUAAAUCAGUGGAAAAAUUCCCUAAUAACAAGAUGCUUGGAUGGCGUCAAAUUGUCGAUGAGAAGGUUGGGCCCUAUAUGUGGAAAACGUACAAGGAAGCAUACGAAGAAGUUCUGCAGAUUGGCUCUGCGCUACGAGCUGCCGGAGCUGAACCGGGGUGUCGAGUGGGGAUCUAUGGAGCUAACUGUCCUCAGUGGAUCAUAGCAAUGGAGGCUUGUGCAGCUCACACUCUAAUCUGUGUGCCUCUAUAUGAUACACUAGGUCCCGGAGCAGUGGAUUAUAUCGUUGAUCAUGCGGAAAUCGACUUUGUGUUCGUCCAGAACACCAAGAUUAAAGGACUUCUUGAGCCGGAUUGCAAAAGUGCAAAACGACUAAAAGCUAUAGUUUCCUUCACAAAUGCGAGCGAAGAACAGAGCCACAAGGCUUCAGAGAUUGGAGUGAAAGCAUACUCGUGGCACGAUUUUCUUCUUAUGGGACAAAAGAAGCCGGAAGAGACAACCCCGCCAAAACCAGCUGACGUGUGCACCAUAAUGUACACGAGCGGCACGAGCGGGGCACCUAAAGGUGUGGUUUUGACCCACGAAGCUGCCGCGACUUGCGUUAUUGGGGCAGAUCUCCUUAUGGACCAGUUUGAAGACAAGAUGACAACUGAGGAUGUGUAUCUCUCGUUCUUGCCGUUGGCUCAUAUUCUUGACCGUGCGAAUGAAGAAUACUUCUUCCGAAAAGGCGCUUCAGUUGGCUAUUACCAUGGAGAUUUGAAUGCGUUACGUGAUGAUAUUCAAGAACUGAAACCGACGUUUAUAGCCGGAGUUCCAAGAGUCUUCGAGAGGAUCCAUGACGGGAUUCAGAAGGCUAUUCAGGAGCUUAAUCCAAGAAGGAGACUCAUCUUUAAUGCUCUCUAUAAAUACAAACUUGCGUGGAUGAAUCGUGGAUACUCUCACAGAAAAGCUUCACCUGUGGCUGAUUUCAUAGCUUUCAGAAAGGUUAAGAAUCAAUUAGGAGGUCGAAUCCGGUUGCUAGUAUCUGGAGGAGCUCCACUGAGUCCUGAGAUCGAAGAGUUCUUGAGAGUUACUUGUUGUUGCUUUGUCGUUCAAGGCUAUGGUCUAACGGAGACGCUUGGAGGAACGUCAGCCUGUCACCCGGACGAGAUGUGUAUGCUAGGGACGGUCGGUAUUCCGGCGGUUUAUAACGAGAUACGGCUGGAGGAAGUGCCGGAAAUGGGCUACGACCCACUCGGGGAAAAUCCGGCGGGCGAGAUCUGCAUAAGAGGAAAAUGUCUGUUUUCUGGAUAUUACAAGAACCCUGAGCUCACUGAACAAGUCAUGAAAGACGGAUGGUUCCAUACAGGAGACAUAGGUGAAAUACUUCCAAACGGAGUACUAAAGAUCAUCGAUCGUAAGAAAAAUCUGAUCAAACUCUCUCAAGGAGAAUAUGUUGCACUCGAGCAUUUGGAAAACAUAUACGGACAAAACCCCGUUGUUCAAGAUAUAUGGGUCUAUGGAGACAGCUUCAAAUCUAUGCUUGUGGCAGUGAUUGUUCCAAACCCAGAUACCGUGAACCGGUGGGCUAAGGAUAACGGUUUUACUAAACCAUUCGAAGAACUCUGUUCUCUCCCUGAGCUACAAGAACUCAUCGUCUCAGAACUGAAGUCCACGGCCGAAAAGAACAAGCUAAGGAAGUUUGAGUACAUCAAAGCGGUGACGGUGGAGAGAAAACCUUUUGACGUUGAGAGAGACUUAGUGACUGCGACGCUGAAGAAUCGGAGGAACAAUCUUCUCAAGUAUUACCAGGUCGAAAUCGAAGAAAUGUACCGAAAAUUGGCGUCAAAGAGAAGCUGA